UAAGCAUAACUCAAUUUUUUAAGUCAAGUCAAUAUGCGACCAACACAACCGCCAUGACUUGAUAUGGAUUUGUUUUUUUUUCAUUUACUAGCAAUCUCACGCAUCAACUCAAUGUAAGCUGUUGGUUGAUAAGUUAUCAUUUCGGUCAGUAAAAAUGGCUGUCGCUAAAAAAUGGAUCUACGCCAAACCCUUCUCCGGACUUCCGUCGUACGACAAUUUCCGCUUGGAGGAAGAAACUCUCGGAGAGUUGAAGGAUAAAGAAUUUCUUGCCGAAGCUGUAUUUCUGAGCGUUGAUCCGGGUGCUCGCCCCUACAUGAGAUUAUAUCCGCUGGGUUCAGUCAUGAUGGGCGGCCAGGUGGCGAAGGUGAUCGAGAGCAAACAUCCCGAUUUCCCUGUCGGUUCGUUCAUACACGGAAGAUUCGGAUGGCGUACUUUGACCGUUUUCGCUCCCGAUGAAAAUCACACCAUCGAAAGGCCAUACGUGCUGCCGGAUUUUGGGAAUGAGUCUCCUUCUCUCGGAACAGGGGUUCUCGGCAUUUCCGGUAAUACCGCUUAUUUUGGUUUCUUGGAAAUCUGUAAACCAAAGGAGGGUGAAACGGUUGUGGUUAGUGGAGCAGCUGGGGCCGUUGGAAGCGUGGUUGGUCAAAUAGCAAAGAUCAAGGGCUGCCGCGUGAUUGGGAUUGUAGGAACCGAUGAAAAAUGUGAAUGGAUUCGGAGCUUAGGAUUCGAUGCCGCUAUCAAUUACAAAACGGCAAACAUAGCAACUGAACUUAAGAAAGCAGCCCCUAAAGGAGUUGAUUGCUACUUCGACAAUGUCGGAGGAACAAUAACAGAAAUCGUGCGUGGUCAGAUGAAUCUAUUUGGACGUAUAUCCGUUUGUGGAUCAAUUUCGAGUUACAAUUCGGAGAAGGCCCAAGUAAUCGAUCCACAGCGAGAUUACGUGUGGAAGCAACUGUACCAGGAAGGAUUCGUUGUGUGGCGUUGGAUGGAUCGCUGGCUCGAAGGUAUCCAACAGAACCUUGAAUGGAUUCAAGAGGGAAAGCUGAAACACAAAGAAACGAUUACUGAAGGAUUUGAAAAUCUACCAAAAGCUUUUGUUGGGGUUUUAACGGGCGAGAAUCUAGGAAAAGCUGUGGUGAAAGUGUAACAGUCGAAGAGAAGUUUCAAAAUGCAAUAAAGAGCUUUUGUUGACUAAA